CUUAUGUUUUGAAAUAGAGUCAAUUUUCUCAAAUUCCCCAAAUCCUCCCCCAAAUUUCCCUCCGGCAACGGCCGCCGCCUUCUCCUCGCCGGGAAAUGGAAGAGAAGUACUCAACGAUGAGUUCCUCUCCAACAUCCAGCAAUUACACUCACAAGACCACGCAAGAGCUCGCCGCCGAAGGCCAGAAGCACCUCGAGGAGACGAUCCAAUCCGCCUUCUUAAUCCUCUCCGCCAUGAACGACGAGCUCUGCAACGCCGCGCUCUGGUCGAACACGCCGUCCUCCGCCUCUGCCGCGCCUCCUCCUGGCGCCGCGAAUCCCGCCGCUGCUAGCAUGAGUAACGGCCACCGCGACGUGUCGUCGGACUCUUCCGCGUCUUCCUCCGCGUCGCAGUCCCACGCUCAGCAUCACAAUAAUAGCUUCGAGAUCGGCGGCGGAGCGCUCGACGAAGCUAGGCUGCAGUAUAAGGCCUCCGUCGCGUCGCUGCGUUCAGUCCUCCUCGCUAUUUCGAACGCGCAGAAGGUUCAAUCAUCUGAAUCCGUUUUGACCACUUCAGGGCCGGUGUCCGAUCAAACAGAAAUAGAGAAGCUUGAAGAGAAAGCCUCUAUCUUAAGAACGGAACUUGCAGAGAAGAAUAAGUAUCUCAAGAUUCUGAUCGACCAGCUUCGCGGCCUGCUCAGCGAUAUAUCCACGUGGCAAAGUCCUUGCACGGUAUGAGGCUGAUUUCUCAUGGUAUGGGGUUAUCGAAAGAACAAGUCUUGUUUCUUUUCAAAAAGGAAAACCAUUACUGAUGGUGGCUGCAAAGAGAUGAUGGAUCAGAGCACACAGCAAUUCUAAUCCACAUCUGACAUUUUUAUUAAUCAUUAUAUCUUGUCUUGAUACUGAUCUUCUCUCAAUAUAUUAUGGACCCCUCCUGUUGAAUGUUAAAAUAGUCAUAUUCGUACA